AGAACACUGGUGAGGAUGGACGGGCGGGGCCAGGCGGUGUCUCCUUCUGUUGUACAUCAAGCCACGAUUCUAUGCCGCUACCAGCACCUUUGGAACGUGGACCUGCAUCUUCGUCCGUGCCUCAUCGGGGGGAUCAUGAAGGACAGCGGAAACAAGCCCCCUGCCCUGCUUCCCCGCAAAGCGCAGUACUUGGCCAGUGACCUCAAGAACCUGCGAGAGCACUACCAGGUCCCCAUCUCCUUCCCCAAGGAUUUCUUGGCCGUAAUCCUGGAAAAAGGGAGCCUGUCGGCCAUGCGGUUCCUGACGGCCGUGCACCUGGAGUGCCCCGAGAUGCUGGAGAAGACGUCUCGAGAGCUGUGGAUGCGUGUCUGGUCCAGGGUGAGCACCGGGACCUGGGUGACCUCUGGCCCCCUCCCCAGGCUCCUUGGCCAGCCCGCGGAUGGCCGGGCACUCACCCUGUCCCUCAACACCCCCCUUCUCCCUCUGCUCCAGGAUGAAGACAUCACAGAGCCCCAGAGCAUCCUGGCAGCUGCAGAGAAGGCUGGGAUGUCCCGAGAACAAGCCCAAGGGAUUCUGGAAAAGAUAUCUUCCCCCAAGGUGAAGAACCAGCUCAAGGAGAGCACAGAGGCCGCCUGCAAACAUGGGGCCUUUGGGCUGCCCAUCACCGUGGCCCACGUGGACGGCCAGACCCACAUGCUGUUUGGCUCGGAUCGCAUGGAACUGCUGGCGUUCCUUCUUGGAGAGAAGUGGAUGGGCCCUGUGCCCACAGCCUCCCACGCCAGAAUGUAGGCACACCCAGGACAAGGGACCUGCGGACCAUGGUACUGUUCUCCCAAAGACCAUGUGGGUGGUCUUCCGGGGGGCUCCAAGUGCCUGCACUGGCGUUCUGCCUCACAAAUAAACUUCAGACAUACAUAGAA